GCGAUCAUUACAGUAUGGACAUUUCUUCUGUUGACCUCUGGUGUGGCCGUAGGGAUGAAAACAUGUGGUGGUCGCUCUGUCUCUCCUCCGAUUCCCCUGAACAUGGCCCCUGACUCUGUUGACGACAUGUACAACGGCUGUAGAAAUGAAAUGUCUGGGCUGGUAGACACAAAAUUUCUUGAGGAGGAGAAAAAAACAACUGCAAACUUCAAUGCUUCCUGGACAAAAGCAGAAAAGUGUGCAAGAAACAGGACCAUCCAAGACAAUCUUAAACUGAAGCAUGUCCAGGCUAUCUGUGCUUACAGUGCAGAAUACCCAACAAUAUACAAAGAUUUUAACCAAGCAUGUUUUACCAACAAGAGCAUCUACACCUCUGCCUUCAAGUUCCACUCCCUGCAUUUCCUGCUGACUGAAGCUAUUCUCCUCCUGAAAGAAAACCCAGACCAACGGAGCUGUUACACCACAUACAGAAGAACUAAAUUGAACUUUACAGGUGAAGUGAACAAGGAAAUCCGUUUUGGCUCAUUUGCCUCCAGCUCUUUCCUAAAGAACUUGACACGUUUUGGAGAGAAGUCCUGCUUUGAGAUAAAUACAUGUUUUGGCGCUGACCUCAAAUCCUACCCAGUAAUGAGAGAUUAUGAAAAGGAGGUGUUGAUUCCACCCUAUGAAGUGUUCAACAUUACAGCCGUGAUCAAGAAAGAAGAAGUGAAGGAUCUUUGGUGCGAUGUUGUGUACAAACUACAGGGCAUCAAAACACUGAGUGAAAUGAAUUGCAAAAUGGUCAAGUCGCUCCAAAUAGGGUGA